AUGGCUGUAGCAGGAGCUCAACGUCAUUUGUUUUGGCAGCUAGCUGUAUCGCAUGGCAGUCUUGUAACUUUAACUAGAAAAAAAACCGUUUUACACUUUAUCUUAUAAACAGUAAAGAUGUCAUCGCCGCUAGCAAAGCCUCAGAUUAUCGCGCAUUUCCAGAAGAGUUUGAACUACACGGUGUUUGACAGUAAAUGGAUCCCCUGCAGCGCGAAGUUUGUCUGUCUCGGGAACUUUCCAAGAGGAACCGGAGUAAUGCAAAUAUAUGAAGUGCAGCACGGAGAAGCUCAGCUCGUCAAGGAGGUGGAGAAACCCAAAGCCAUAAAGUGUGGGACAUUUGGGGCUACCUCUCUUCAGCAAAGACACAUAGCAACUGGGGAUUUCGAUGGAAAUCUCAAUAUAUGGAAUCUGGAGAUGCCUGAAGUGCCGGUGUACACUGUGAAGGCCCACAAAGAGAUAGUGAAUAGCAUUGAUGGUGUUGGCGGCCUGGGGAUUGGCGAUGGUGCGCCUGAGAUAGUCACUGGAAGCAGAGACGGGACAGUAAAGGUGUGGGAUCCCAGACAGAAGGAUUCACCUGUUGCCAACAUGGAGCCCAUUGAAGGAGAAACAAAGAGGGACUGCUGGACUGUUGCGUUUGGUCAUGCCUUCAACGAUCAGGACCGCUGUGUGUGCGCUGGCUACGACAACGGGGACAUCAAACUCUUUGACCUGCGGAACAUGUCUCUGCGGUGGGAAACCAACAUUAAAAAUGGGGUAUGCUGCGUGGAGUUCGACAGGAAAGACAUCAACAUGAACAAGCUGGUCGCCACCUCACUGGAGGGAAAAUUCCAUGUCUUUGACAUGAGGACCCAACACCCCACCAAGGGCUUCGCCUCUGUUUCCGAAAAGGCUCAUAAGUCGACCAUCUGGCAGGUGAAGCAUUUGCCUCAAAACAGAGACAUCUUCAUGACCGCAGGAGGAGCAGGCAACUUACAUCUCUGGAAAUAUGAGUAUCCCGCUCAGAGAAGCAAAAAGGGGUCAGAUGACAUGGAUGUGGGCGUAGCUGGCUCUGUUAACCUCCUACAGAACGCUACCCUGUCUACUCAGCCGAUCGCCAGCCUGGACUGGAGCCCCGACAAGCAGGGCCUGUGUGUGUGCGCGAGCUUUGACCAGUCAGUCCGCGUGCUCAUCGUCACCAAACUCAACUCGGUGUGAAACAGUAGACCAGAACAAAAACUGACGGUCAGGGUGUGUGCAGCCUGAUAUGAGAUGAGACAUAAUGUCAGAGACACCAACAGUGUGUAAAUCACUGCCGUUCUGUCAGGCUGAAUAGUCUUUUAUUAGAAGACAACAAUUUCCUCCUGCGUGUCUUGGCUGCUGUCUUUCUAGAUUUUGUACAGUCGAUACUCAUCCUCAGAAAUGUCUUGCCAGGAAACUGUUUAACUCAAAUGAACUUGGAAAUCCUUGGUUGGUGUUAUGCUGUGUGGUCUCUGUUAAAUGCUAGCCUUGAAAAAUGUGUAGUGCUUGGCUGAGCCCUGCAGGCAGUGUUAACCUGGAGUGCAGAGAAAUCCAAUGAUACCUUUCUUGUAUUAUCAAAAGAGCCUCUAAUGGGAUGAAGGAAUGAGUCAUUUGGCCUCUGGCUUGGAAAAACAGUUUGGGGAUCAAGAUUUAAUGUUUUUUAUCUGGUUUCAUUUUUGUAGGAUGUUCACUGAAACACGUCUUUUGUUGCACUAUUGGUGGAUGUGUUGUUCUCCAGUUUUGUCUGUUGUUGCUAUUGUCACUUUUGAUAUUCCAUUUUUAUUGAGAGCUCUGUUUUUUCAAAUUAAAUGUGCUUUUGGAGAAAAAGA